UAUGACAAUGGGAGGGUUUCCAGGUGUUAAAGUCUGGAGGCCAGGAGAUAAAUAACAGACCCCGGAGAGGGACAGAGUGAGGGUGUGCUGGUCAUUUGGUGUGUGAUGGUGACACUGGAGAUGUUCUGAUGCUGUUUGGAUCCGUUUUGAGCAGAUCUGGGGGUUUUGCAAGCGCGCGGAAUUAUGAAUCACCUGUACAGGUUCCUUCUGUCUGCUGUGGUGGUUUGUCAGGCGGUUCCGUCGGAUUCAGGUAAAAGUCGGGGUUUUACGUUGUUCAUGUUGGGUUUUCACAGCUUCUUUCUAACACGGAUUCGUGGGUCUCUCUCAGGCUGUGAAGGAGCAGAAUGUGGGAAAGCUGGAGUCGCUGGAAAGCCAAAACAGCACGGAGAACUCUUGAAUAAGUUCAAUGAAAUGAACACGCACACGCCGCAACGUCAGCACCAGAACGCCGAGGCCGUGUUACCGUUCAUAGGACUAACCGGAGUUGCUAAACAAAGUCGUACCUGCUGUAAGAACGGUGGAACAUGCAUUUUGGGAAGCUUCUGCGCCUGUCCGAAGCACUUCACCGGCCGGAGCUGUGAAUACGACGAGCGCCUCAGAGAUUGUGGUGUUAUUCCACACGGAGAAUGGGUUCAGAAAGGAUGCUCGUACUGCAGAUGUGGAUAUGGACUUCUGCACUGCUUCCCACAUGUUUUCAGCAAAGACUGUGACGAUUCUCAGGAAGUUCAGUGGCACCGUUCAAGCUCCCCCAGAACACGGUCGUCUUCAAUCGUCGUGUUUGUUGCCUGUAUUUUCCCCUUUCUACUGCGAGUUAGUUUGCUUAACUAGGUCUCGUACAUCAAUGCUCUAGACUUAGAAAUAUAACACAGCAGAGAUGAAGAUGUUUAUUUCCUCUGACAUUUAGGGAAGCAUUUAUUGGUGGCACUGAAAUGUGUUUUGCUUCCAGUGGAAGUGUAACUAGCUGUGUUAAAAGCAACUGUUUAGUGAAGGAACAUAGGAUUUAUAUUG